UAUGGGGGACCAAAUGUGAAAUCGGUGCAAACUUGAAGGAUGAAAACUGUAUUUUCCCCUAUAUUUAUUCUACUGCUCAUAUUUUGUUACUCUUUUUUUUUCUUAUCAACUUCACAAUUGAUGAAUUUAUCGCCAAUAUAAAGAUGUUAAUAGAAACGAAGAACAAGGUAAUGCAAUUACGACGUCAAUUCUCGGACUUACCGGAAUCCGACCAAGAAAAGUUAGUGUCAAAAGCGUGCAAUGAGAUAGCGGUGCGUUACAACAUAUCUCCAACGAGAGAGGUGGACAAAGAGAUAGCAUCGAGCGGUCAUUUUCCUACAGCUGAAGAGCAAGAGAAGUUCAAAUUCGUUAGCAAAUCACUGCAAAAAACUAAUAAAAUUGGUAUUGGUAAAGCGGUUAAGGCUAUAGUAGAUGCUCUAGUCGAGAUGAGCGAUAGUUCAUUAGAAUUGCCUAAUUUUCCCCCGAGAAAUUACAUGUUUGAAGGUUUGAACCACGAGGCUAAAACGAAGCUGAUUAGCUGCCUGGGCGACACACUGGGUGACUCGUUCUUCACGUAUAUCAAACUAGACGAGAACUAUAAAGGUGGUAAGAAAGAGAAGGAAUCACUUAUCGGUAAAGUGAAGGAGAAUCCAUGCAUGGUUGUGUUGAUCGAUGGAGUCGAAUUUGCUCACGGUAUAUUUUACAAGUGUUUGUUGGAUAUUUUCGAUAAGGGUAUUUUAGACGAUUGUGAGGGUCUCGGUGUGGAAUUUCGGAGAAGUAUUAUUAUCCUCACAUCGGAGCUGGGCAAUAAACGUAGAAUUGCUUCUACGUUUUUUAAAGAUCGGAAAAACGAUGUUUCUAUCAAGGCCAUGAAUCAGAAUGUGGAAAUGAAAAGAUUUAGGACUGAGUUGUUAUAUCGGUUGGAUGGAAUAAUAUUUUUCGAUCCACUUAAACCGGAGGAAGGAGACGUUCACUUUUUGCGUGUACAUGGUGACAGCGGCACAGACAUGAAAAAAUCCCGUUUGCUCUCUUCGAUUCUUUUUCAAUUGUAUGAAGCAAGAAAAUUAGACACCCUUUAAUUUCUCUCUCUCUCUCUCUCAAUUUUCCUUGGCAUGUAAUUUCUAAGCAAAAACAGGUUGGGGCGAGUCUGGAUUUUUAUAUAAUUUUCACGGACCGGAUUUCGGAUUUAAGCAAACAUGCCCCAUAACCGACCCGUUGCC